AUGAUCGUAUCUACUUGUGCGUUGGGGGUAGGAACCUUGAUGGCUGGCUCGUCCUCUGCGGCUUCCCCAGGGACAGCUGAUCACCUUCCCAAAUCUGGGCGGGCAGACAGUGGCAGGUGCCCAAAAAAGCAAGCACAGGGGGCUGGAUGGAAGGCAAGCAUGAUCCCACUGCCCCGCAAUGACGAUCGGCUGGCCCGAGCUCCUUCAUCUUAUCGCAGCCAUGGGAAAGCCAAAGGCAGCAGCUCCCCUGCCACUCCCACAUCGGACCAGGCCAGACGUUUGUCCAACAAGCUUCGAACCACGCCUUCUUUUCUCCUCUGCUCUCAACAUGCUUUGAACACACUGGCCAUAUUAACUGAGUCUCUUAGCUACGUAGCCAUACGAGCACACUAUCGGCAUUCGCUAGCACACAACAGCUCCAACCAACGUCCACCGCAACCCCUUUCUCGAGACCCCAAGUCCCUCGUUGAACACCGCUCGCCCAUCAUGUCGGGCGGCGCCCUGAACUUCGUCACGUUCAACCAGGACCACAGCUGUCUGGCUGUCGGCACCUCCAAGGGCUUCCGCAUCUACCAUACAGACCCCUUUUCCAAGAUCUUCAACAGCGAUGACGGGAAUGUCUCCAUAAUCGAGAUGCUCUUCUCGACCUCGCUCGUUGCCCUGGUUCUUUCACCCCGCCAUUUGGUGAUCCAGAACACUAAGCGGGCCUCGGUCAUUUGCGAACUCACCUUCCCCAACGCCAUCCUUGCCGUGCGGCUAAAUCGAAAACGGCUGGCCGUGGUGUUGGAAGAGGAGAUCUAUCUUUACGACAUUUCCAACAUGACACUUUUGCAAACAAUAAACACCUCGCCGAAUCCAAACGCUAUUUGCGCCCUGUCUCCCUCGUCCGAGAGAUGCUACAUAGCCUAUCCGCUUCCCAAACAGCGAGAGGACACAGGCGAGAGACGGCCAUCGCAUGCCCCCCCCCUGUCCAGUUAUGUUCCGACUACCAGCGGCGAGGUACUCAUAUAUGAUACGGUGAAGCAGGUCUCUAUCAAUCUAAUCGAGGCUCACCGGUCGCCGCUGUGCUGCAUCGCGCUGAAUAACGACGGCACUCUCCUUGCGACGGCGUCAGAAAAGAGCACCAUUAUUCGCGUGUUUGCGAUUCCCAGUGGUCAGAGGCUGUAUCAGUUCCGGAGGGGUACCACUCCUUCGACCAUAUACAGCAUGUCUUUCAACCUCAGCUCAACCAUCCUCUGUGUUUCGUCCGUCUCCAACACUGUCCACAUCUACAAAUUGACCAACAAUUCUCAAGAAGGCGCCGAAGCAACAUCACCUAGGCGUAACCGCUUUGCCCGGUCUGCCAGUAUUAACAGUGCCGACUAUGUUCCCAACAGCGACGACGACUCUCGGCGAAGCAGUGGGGCGGAAGAGUAUGGCAGUACCACGAGCCAGCCCAGCAGCGAAGGAAGCAAAGCUCUGCGGAACAGCGGCAUGUUUGGCAAUAUGAUCAGACGGUCAUCUCAAAUUGUCGGGCGUGGCGUGGUCGGAGCAGUGGGGGCUUAUCUACCAGCCGCCGUGUCUGAGAUGUUCGAACCCGAGCGUGAUUUCGCAAGCAUCAAGAUUCCUAAACCAACCAGCACGGUACUGCAAGGAGCACCAGCUGGCGGGGGCGGACCCAUCCGCAGUGUUGUGGCCAUGAGUAGCAGUUCGCCUCAGGUCAUGGUAGUAACAAGCGAUGGUAUCUUCUAUGUGUACAACAUUGACAUGGAAAAGGGAGGGGAGGGGUACUUGGUGAAGCAGUUCUCUGUCGUUGAGGCGGAUGAUAAGCUGGACGCCUCAUAUAACGCAUAG